AUGAAUUAUGAUGGGCCAAAAUCUUCUCCACAGGAUUUUAACCCUGGCUGGGUCAAUUUCCGUUUUACAGAUGUUUGUCUGAAUGUUCUAAAAUAUAUCCAUGAUAAUGGCUUGUCAUUGCGCGGUGAGAUUAUUGAGUGAGUCUAUUGACUGCAGAGCACUAUGCACAAUAUGAUUACGGUCCCUUCAACUGCCGAGGAUAAUUGGGGGUUGCCUGGUUAACAUAUUACACUCCGGUCUCUGAACUGAUAAUCCCUUCAAUAUAGUAGGCUGCUAAAUUUAGUUUGCGCAUGACCGCGCAUGCUCCCCGCCCGUUGAUAAGAUUUCCAGUAGGAUUUACCGAAGGCUUGGGAGAUAUCGGAGGACGGCGAAUAUCAGGAACGGAAGUUUGUUGCUCACAACCGAACGCUGUCUGACAUUUGACACAUCAUGAUGGUGUUCUGAGGACAUGUCGCUGCCUGGUUCUGGGCUCGGCUUUGAGCUCCUGGAGGACUGACUGGACUGGACUGGACUGGACCCCAUCCUGCUCUGCCCAGCAAAGAGGAUCCAAGGCUUGGCAUGACGUGGUUCUCAGAGUGACAUCCGCCCUCUUACAAGCCCAAGAUGGAGCCUCGAGUGCGGGGUCGAGCUGUGAGGCGGGCCCCACCUCCAGACGGAGGGUACGGGUGGUUCAUCGUCUUCUCCACCUUCCUGGUGUUUGGCCUGACGUUCGGCGUCAUCAAGUCCUUUGGCAUCUUCUACGUGGAGAUUCAUCACUACUUCGCCACCACGGCGACGGGAAGCUCCUGGAUCACCUCCAUCACCGUGGCAACCAUUCACAUCGGAGCUCCAGUAGGGGCAGCCCUGAGUGAGCGUUUCAGCCACAGGUCUGUGGUGAUGCUGGGAGGAUUGCUCAGCAGCGUAGGGAUGGUGGCAGGAGCCUACGCUCAGAACCUCGUCCAGCUCUACAUCACUGUGGGCUUCAUCACGGGCUUUGGCUAUGCUCUGACCUGGACCCCCACGGUCACCAUGCUGGGCUGGUACUUCGAGCGGCGGCGUCCGCUAGCCAACGCUCUGGCCAGCACAGGGGAGUGCGUCAUCACCUUCAUUUUCACGCCGCUCUUCCAGCUGCUGGUCGACAACUUCACCUGGAGAGGGGCCAUGCUGGUUCAGGGGGCCAUCCAGCUCCAUCUGUGUGUGUGUGGGGCCCUCCUGAGGCCUCUAAAGACCCCCGUUAGGGCCCAACAGAAGCAGGGGGAACUGGAGCUGGAGGCUCCCACCCGCGCCGGUCUGAAAUUGGACACGGACUCUGACUCCAAGCCGGAGGCGAGGACCGGGUCGUCGUCGUCGUCGUCGUGCUGCGUGGACUCGGACCUGCGGCACUACGUGGACUACACGCUGGUGACCAACGUGCACUUCGUGGUGUACUCUCUGUUCGGCGUGUUCGCCGCGCUGGGCUUCUUCGCGCCGGCGCUCUUCCUGGUGCCGUUCGCCCGCAGCCUGGGCCUGGACGAGUACGAGGCGGCGCUGCUGGUGUCGCUGUCGGCGGCGCUGGACCUGCUGGGCCGCGUGCUCUUCGGCUGGGUGGCCAACCUGAGGCUGGUGGAGACCGUGCGGCUGCUCACCGUCUCCGUCACGCUGCUGGGCACCGUGCUGCUGCUGUGCCCGCUGGCCGCCACCUUCGGGCAGCUGGCCGCUUUCUGCGUGGCGUAUGGCCUGACGUACGGCGCCACCGUCUCCAUGCACAUCACCGUGCUGGCCGAGUUGGUGGGGCCCGAGAGGCUGGGCAGUGCGCUGGGGUUCUUCAUGCUCAUACGCAGCAGCGGGGGUCUGCUGGGGCCGCCCAUCGCAGGGUUCUUCAUUGACAAGAUGAGUGACUACGGCACUGGCUUCCUGAUGGCAGGCGUGGCCCUCAUAGUCUCCGCCCUCUUCCUGCUUCUGCUGGACCAGAUGAACAGGAGGGGGAGGAGCCUGAGCAGGAAAGGUGACAGCAUGUAUUCAGAGGGUGAGAAAGAAGUGGAGGAGCAACAGAAUUUCACAGACAUUUGUAAGAAAGAUGGAAAGGACUGUGAACAAGACGUCUAAGCGAGAGAAAGAAACUUUUGACAAAAUGUUUGUACCAGACACUUAACCAAGAAGAUGAUGAAAUGAAGUUAAAUGAAUUAAGACAUGGAAUAUGAAAUUGAAUGCAGCUUGUGAAAAACUGGAUACAAAGAUGGCCGUACUUGCCAUAUCCUGCAAAGCUGGACUAAUGUAGCAGAGAUACGAUGCCUUAAGAAACUUAAAGUUACCUCAGCCUGACCAUCACUAUCCACUCCUACCUGAAACAGCACCUCAGCCAACGUGCCUGUGAAGGGACUGCUCAGGGCAUUACAAACCACAAAGUGCAAAACACAGAGCCAUAAACCGAGGGAAAAAAAAUCAUGUUUUCACUGUUUCAGUCCUCAGGAUUCUUGCGUUUGGGAGCGUAACGUUAAUUGUGCAUCUGCCUUUUCCCCAGGGCGCUCCUGAAAUCACACACAAACAGACUCACUGACUCACUUACACACUCACGUGUUACGGACAAUCACUCUGACCUGCACUAAUGAAAUACAUGAACACUGCCGCACUUUCUAAUCUAUGAUGUAGUGUUACCUCAGACGAAUUUGAUUUCUCAGGUGUUUGAACGCUAAAUGUACUGUCUGUGUUGUGGACAUCCCCCCUCCACAAUUCUGCAAUGUUCUAUCCAUGUCACAAUGUGAUGCCAUGGCAAAGCUGCCAAAGACAGCUAGAGAGGUAGCCCAGCAUGCAGUCAGUCAUGAGUCUUGUGUCAGCAAAUGGCGCCCUCUAGAGGCUUGACUUAUCUCUUGAAUAUUUGAGGUGAAUGUAGGAAAGAGCUUUAAUGUUUCACACAAUGUUUCACGUUGUGCACAAGCAGAGCAUUGAUAUGUGUUGCCAUAAGCUUUACAUAGUAAAAUUAAAUGUGUUUGUUAGUCAUGAAACCACUGUUAGACCCAUGAAGACAAAAUGCCUCUUCCCAAAAAAACUGUUUAGGUUGAAACAUAUCCCAAUGAGACUGGCCUGCUCAAAGCACACCUUGGGAUCUUUUACCAAUGAAGAGAUCAAGGAGAGACCUCUCUACCGGUGUGGGAAGAGUGUUGGAAAAACAUCAGAGGUUUCAGAACAGCAAGGAUGUUAGCCAUGGAAAUUCACACAACCUCCUCAUUAUGUAUACAUGCUUUUAUAUACUAACACACAAGCAUGCACUCACACACAUGCGAGCACACACACACACACACACACACACACACACACACACACACACACAAUUUUUGUAUCACUGAAACAUUACAUUGCUCCUCAAAGAUCCAAUGGCUUGGAAACAAAUAUUUAAACUAUCUGUUUUGAUUUAAUCUCAAUGGGAGACGGAGCGAGCUUCCUGUAUGUGUUCAACAGACUUGUUUCAUUGUUACACCACACACAUACACAUGCACACACACAAACACACACACACACACACACACACACACACACACACACACACACACACACACACACACACACACACACAAGAUAAGCAAGCUUCAAAUAGGAAAAUAGCCAGAGAGGAUAGAACACCUACCGCAUCGUGAGCACAAACAGGUGUAAAUAAAUGUUCUACCUCCCAUAAAUCUACAACAAUAUACAACCCGCCGCACCUCAGCCAAAGACAGCAGUGAUAUAAACACACGCCAGUUUCCAGCCCCCCACCCCCCCACCCCUCUCUCUACACGAGUCUAGCUCAAGCCAUCUCUCAGUCUUACAAGGACACAAGUACACACACAUGGAGACAGAGUUACUGUAACCUCACAGACAUAGGACCCCAUACACACAAAUUCGUGCUGGUGUUUAGAACUGCCUCACUCACAGACACACACACGCACACAUUCAUGCUUAUACUCACCCCUGUCUCACACACACACAUUCAUGCUUAUACUCACCCCUGUCUCACACACACACACACACACACACACACACACACUUAAAAAGACCCAUCGGAAGUGGAAGCAGGGAGGGAAAGGCCCAUCUAUUAUCUGAUGAAGCGAAGUAAGCCAGUUCAAACAAUCAAAUUACCCUGCUUUUCCACCCCCAAAGCCACCCAGACCCCCAUCAUGUUCAAAGAGAAACCCGUUCGUCCCCUAAACACUCCUUCCUUUAUUUAAGCCAUUAUGGCUGCUGCUAUUCUUCUUCAAAGGGCAGUUCAGCACCAAAAAUAACCUUCACUCUUCCACUCAGUUACUGCUAUCAACACAUUGAAGUGAACGGUUUGGGUGCCUGUGAUCCUCCCUAAAUAGAAAAUGUGUACAGAGAUGUGUGACAGCUGAAUGCAUAUAAGUGAAUGAGUGGUAUUAACCAUUCACUGUUUGAAACAAUUAAAGCCUUCAACACAUUUAAAUUUUAUGGUUCAGUGAUGCCUUUAUAGGGAAACUUUGUGAUGCAAGAACGUGGUCUUUGUUAUGGACUUCAGAAUCAGUGUUAUCAGAGUAGACAUAUAUACCAAAAUUAUAUCAAAAUCAUAAUGCUAAAUAAAUAAAUAUUGCUAUACUUG